AUGGUGUUACUGGCCCAGCUCGAUGUACGUACUCAGAUAUCUCUUCAAGGCUACUCUAACAGAGGUGACAGCUCUGUUCUGGGGACUGCCUGGAGUUUGGAACUCACUUAAAAGCAGCGAGUGACAUCGUGAAGCGACAUGGCUCGGACAGAACUGAGCGAGGCUUUUUCGAACAACGUCUUGCAUGAUAUCAUGGGUGCGACAACAUCUUCCCGAAUGCCGCACCUGAAGCCUGAGCAUGUCAAAGCCGCCUUGAACAAGUUCAAAACCCCUUCCGGUCGCAAAUGGGGAUUUGACGUUUUCGACUGCCCUAUCGAUCUAUUUGAGUAUAUUGCAGACAUUACUGUAUUGCAUAAGCUGCACAUCUCUUCACAAAUAUCAUCCGAUGAGGCCUUGAGAAAAGCCAUCGUCCUUGGCAAUGCUGCUUGGACGUGGAAUGGAUCUGAUUUCCUAUCCGAUCGACGAGGAGACAUGAUCGAAAUCUGGAGACGCGGGGUCUUGCUCUAUCUCGUUCGCUUAUUCCAGCUAUCGGAGGAGACAUUCGAUACUUCUGAUUUACUAGACGAUGUCUUUCGGCGGGCCGAAAGACUAUCUUCAGAGACGAAUCGGAAGUUCUCAACGUCAUGGCCGUUGUUUCAAGCAGGUUUAGGUCUACAUCAGGAAGAUCACGAACGGAAACAAUCGUUGCGAAAAGAAUUCGCAACCCAUUUUGCGACACUUGGAUGUUGCAAUCCAAAGCUUGCAAUCGAUGUGUUAGAACAGGUUUGGCAGACCGGCGAUACGAAGAUUCUUGAUUCGCAGAAGUUACUAUUUUAG